AGCGGGGCAGGGCUGGGCAGGGCAGCGCUUCGCCUCGCCGCGCCUCGCCGCCAGGGGCGCGGGCUCCCCUCGCACGGCGCCCGCCGCCGCCCCGCGCCCCGCUGACAGCCGCCCUGACAGCCGCGCCGCGCCGCCAUUCAACCCUCCCCCCGCCGCCGGAGGUGAGUGAGCGCCUGCCCGCCGAGGGGCAGCCCCGGCGGCGCUUCCUCCGCGGGAACGAUCGCGCUUCAGCCCCGUCCCUGUGCGCCCGUCCCGCCGGCGGCGCCGGUGCGGCGGCCGCUUCGCCCGCCAAGAGCCGAAGGCAGCAGCGUGGAAGGUGUUCUUGGAAAAAAGUGCCUGCACUUUGGAGCUGAAGAAGGACAUGAGGAGUAAAAGGACCUGGGAUCUCAGUGGUCAGAAUGAAACAGAUGUUGAAAGAUUUUUCAAAUCUAUUGUUAGUAGUGCUGUGUGACUAUGUUCUCGGUGAAGUGGAGUAUCUCCUGUUGGAGCGCCCAGGUCAUGUAGCCUUCAGCAAUGACACGGUGUCUGUGGAAUAUCAGUACUACGGUGGUGGUGGUAAUGUGACAGCAGAGCAUCCAUCCAUCCUAUUGCUGGAUGCCAGCACCAACGAGAUAAUUGCAAGAAAACAGCUUCCAGCAAAUCAAUCGCAGGGGAUUGUAGAGUUCGAGUGUUUCCAUUUCAAGAGUGCUGGGGACUUUUUGUUCAGAAUGGUCUCUCCCAGCAAUAAUAGCAGUGCUGUCCAGCAGAGCAGAAGCAGCAUGUCCACCCUCCAUGUGGAGUGGCCUGUAUUUCACAUUGAUUUGAACAAGAGUUCAGAGGUGCUUGGGAGCUCCCUUCAGGUUGGACUUUUUACAAAUGAGAAGUUGUGUGCCAUGAACGAGACAGUGGUUUCACUGGAUGUGAUAUUCACCAGCACCCUUUAUGAAUUCAGAAGGGUAAGCUCUGAUGAGACUCUGGGUGUUAGAACUAGCAAAGGAAUCCCACUCUCUAGGUCCCAGUGGGUAGAGUUUGAUUGCCCACCUGUUGGUCAAGAAACAUACAUCACUGUGUUGCUGAAAUCGUUAGAAACACAUUCCGUCAUUGCCUCCAUGGGACCCAUAGAUCUCCUCCACAAAUUUGGAUACAGACUGGUUGUGGCGCCAGAAGCAACAUGCAAAACUUUGGUUCAGGUCUUCGUAGUCUCUCCACCGUGCACUUCUAUCAGUGGAAAAAUUGUCGUCUAUAAAGAGGCUCUCAAGCAUCCUAGUCAAAGAACAGCUUGGCUGUAUGAAAACACCCUUCACCCAGGAGACAACAGGACAGACUUUAACUGCACUUUGUUUGACGUGGGGAAGAACAAAUACUGCUUUGACCUUUUUAAUUUCUCAAACCGAAGUCAUUUCCCAACAAGAGCUAAGGAGUGUAUGAUGAUCCAAAGGAAUAUGGAAACGUGGAGCCCGUGGCAGCCCUGGAGCCCCUGCAGCGUCACCUGCGGGGACGGCGUCCGCGAGCGCUUCCGAGAGUGCCUCACCUCCUCGCCCGCAAGGCCAGGCUGUGCCGGACCGCCGAGGGAGACGUCCUUGUGCUCGCUGGAGGAGUGUUUGUCUAUCAAUCCUCCCACCGCACCUUCUGUCGAGCCGGGAGAGGACCAGAAAGCAAAUAAUAUAGUCACUAUCACAGGUAUCUCCUUAUGCUUGUUCAUCAUCUUUGCCACUGUUCUCAUCACCCUCUGGAGGAAGCUCUGCAGAGCUCAGAAGUGCAGCACGGCUGUGCGCCGAAGCUCCGUCCAUUCCCCUGGCUUCCGAAAAAACUCCGAUGAAGAGAACAUUUGCCAAGGCAACAAGCAGCGGGACAGCUUUGCCGAAGGAGGGGAUGCCCCUGUUAACAUUCCUCUGACCUACAGGCGAAGCCUCCAAUUUGCCCAAGAAGAUGAUGCCUCUGGAAGUGAGAACUUUCAACCAAAUGCCCAAAAAAUAAUCCCUCCAAUUUUUAGCUACCGGCUUGCACAGCAGCAGCUAAAAGAGAUGAAGAAGAAAGGCCUGACGGAGACCACCAAGGUGUACCACGUCUCUCAGAAUCCGCUCACAGACACGGUUGUUGGUGCCACCACAAUGCUUCCCCUAAGCGGAGAAAACCAAGAAGAGGCAGCGACAAACAAAUUUAGGAUCAAAUCUCCAUUUCUGGACCAGCCAGCCAGUCAGCCCAAAUUCCUGGGGGAAAGCUCUCACCCUAGGCUGGAUUUUCCAUUCUCGCAGGCCAAUCCUGCAAUGAGCCCUACGCAAACCUUGAUAAGAAGAGCUCAUUUCAAGCACCAGGAUAACAGAGGGGACUUUCCUGAGAGGGGCUCUCACAGAAACCCACAGUUUAGAAGAACGGCCAGUUUCCAUGAAACUAAAAAGGCCAGGCCUUUCAGAGAGAGAAGCAUGUCCACCCUCACCCCCCGACAGACUCCUCUUUACAGUUCCAGGACCAGGAUGUGGGACCAGAGUCUGGAGGACAGGAUGCGGCCAAAAUCAAGAAACGCUAAUCCAACUUGUGACAAGCUGGAUCAGCCCCACAGCGCCGUGCUGGGGUGUGAACUGCAGGGCCACGAUGCAAAGUGCCACCACAGGCCAUGUCCCCCGGUGAAGAAGCUGGACCUGGUCACUGACCGCCAGCCUGCAGGUCAGGAGAAGGCAGCUGAUAAGCCCGAGCCCAGCCGAGGUAAGAGGGGUCUUUCACCGAACCCCAGAGGUGCCUGGAGGAAGGAAACAGGCUCAGCUGGCAAAGAUAAUUCCCAGAGAGGCCAAAGCGUGAGCCCUGCCCAGUACCGAAAGGACAAGUGCCAGAGCUUCCCCUUGGACCCUGAGUUUGCCUUUUAUGAUAAUACUACUUUUGGCUUAACAGAGGCAGAACAGCAGAUGAUCGACCUCCCUGGGUAUUUUGGCUCAAAUGAAGAGGAUGAAACAAGCACUUUAAGCGUGGAGAAGCUGGUGAUCUAAGCGACUCGUUGCAGCCCUGCAGGAGAGGCGUGUGCAGGAGAGGAUAUGCAGGAUCUGGUGACUUCUGGUGGAAGGAGCAGCAGGAACCACGUUCCCUCUGCACGGAGCAAGAAGGAAUAAUGCCCCAAGUCUGGCUUGUGGAAACACAUUCCUUCCUAAUUACUGGAAAGUGCUUCCAUAUAAUUUUUUGUAUGUUUGUGUGCACAAUACACACAAAAUACCCUGGGAGAACACGUUAGUAAAGGUGUGACGCAGGAAUAGCCAGUACGUUGUAUUGCAGCAAGCAGUCAUGUUUCCUGCGUCAUACAUGGUGAAUGCCACUGAUCAAGCUUUUCCCACCUUGUGGGCUGUGUACUAGUAGAUUAUGUCCUAACGCAUCCAUUGUCCAGUAUCCUCAACCAUGUCCUAAUUAGUGAAUCCUUUCCCAUUUAGAAAACACAAACCUCAAGUCGUGAGUAGUUUUCAUUGUUUUUCUGGUAGUCACUAUUGAACUGUGUUGUUUCGCCGUAGUUGCUUAAAUAAGUCAUAUUGUGGUGUUACUUUUAGUCGGUUGCUUGGAAGUGCAAACAAUUGAUGCUGAAUACUUUGAGUGAAUUUAAAAUUCAGGGGGCAUUUUUCAGCAUUCAAGACUUUGAUAAUUUCUUUCUGCCAAUAUUUACACCAAGAAAACAGUAAUGCACAAAUAUUUGCAGGACAUUAGUAUUAAAGGGCAUGCUACUGGGAGGGUAAAGAAAAAGGAUUAUCAUAUUUUAGUCCUCACAGAAAUGUCACUGCAGCAUUUAAGCACAUGUAAAAGGCAGUGAGAGAAAUGUUGAAUCACCUGUCCUUUCCAUAAUCAUCUUUGCCUUUAUUAAACUUUUUUUUUAAUGUGAAUAAAUUGACAAUAAUACUACUAUGGUAAGGUCAAAAUAAAUUAUGAACAAAACUAGUGAACAACAAAUUUAUUUGAUGAAUACCUGUUCUGCAAACAAAAAGAAAAAAUAAAAUGGCUUGACAACA